AUGGGUGUUGCUUCUUCUAAAGUCAUUGACAACCUUCUGGAGGAUACAAAUUUCGAUGGAGAUGAGAUUGAAAGAUUGAGGAAACGUUUUAUGAAACUCGAUAGGGACAGUUCUGGUUCAAUUGAUAAAAAUGAGUUUAUGAUGAUUCCUGGGGUAUCAUCUAAUCCUCUAGCCGGGCGAAUAAUGGAAGUUUUCGAUGCCGAUAAUAAUGGUAGUGUUGAUUUCCAGGAAUUCAUAUCUGGUCUGUCUAUAUUCAGUGGUCGGGGAAGCAAAGAUGAGAAAUUAAAGUUUGCCUUUAAGAUAUAUGACAUAGACAAGGAUGGAUAUAUAUCAAACGGUGAACUGUUCAUUGUGCUUAAAAUAAUGGUUGGGAACAACUUGGAUGAUGAACAACUGCAACAGGUUGUGGACAGAACCAUUGUGGAAAAUGAUAGUGAUGGUGAUGGACAUUUGAGCUUCGAAGAAUUUAAGAACGCCAUUGAGACAACCGAAGUGGCCAAAAGUUUGACACUUCAGUAUGAUGUAUGA